UUGGGAGUGAACAAGGAGCCAGUGAGCGCAGUGCUCUCCCUCCCUCCCUGGUGCCUAUACACUGGGCUGCCCUCUUCCCCUCCCACUCGUACACAACACCAGUUUCUCAACCAACCCAUCUCUCCACCCCGACCCCCCCCCCCCCCCCAUGUGCAUUUGCAAACAUUAAAUCGAACCUGAAGAAUUAUUUCGUCCCCGCACCACGUCGCUCAUACUCCGAUAAACAUCGCUUUCACUUGUGGGACUUCCCAAGAUGAUGUCCCUGCCAACAGGCACUAGCAGGAAGCUGCACCAUCUCAUGACCAUGGGUCAUAUACUCCUGAGCAUGCAGGCUCAUUGAAACUGCAACCAAUAAAUCUAGCCACAGAAGGGAUUAUUAUCAUUGUAUCUGUGGUGUAUUGAAGGCAGAGCAGUAAAGGUGGAAGAAAUUUGCUAGUGAGUCCAGGACGAUCAGGAACCUCCACUGGCUGCCAAACGGCCAAAUCUGAAGAUGGCACAGCAGAAAGUCCCCUCAGGAAGCAGCGGAAGUACACAUGGCCCAGAAUCUAUCAUUCUCAGUGCCAUUUCCUCCAAAUAUGAGGAAAAAUAAAGUCCAGAAGAGGUGUCCUGGAGCCAAGACAGGAAGAGGGUUGUACAAAUUUUAUGAAAGGACAUUUGCUGAGGCAUUAAGUACAGUCUUAACCAUCCACAAACUGCUUUCAGUCUCGGAAGAAGUUUAAUAAGGUAAAUGACCAAGAAAGUUGGAACAUGGGGCUGACAUUGCCUUAGCUCCAAAGAAUUGCAUGGAAUUAUAUUUGAUCUAGAAGUUCUUAAACUUUUAGGUAUUAAGUCAUGAUGCAAGAAUCCGCGACCGAGACAAUAAGCAACAGUUCAAUGAAUCAAAAUGGAAUGAGCACUCUAAGCAGCCAAUUAGAUGCUGGCAGCAGAGAUGGAAGAUCAAGUGGUGACACCAGUGGUGAAGUAAGCACAGUAGAACUGCUGCAUCUGCAACAACAGCAGGCACUACAAGCAGCAAGACAGCUUCUUCUUCAGCAGCAAACCAGUGGUCUGAAAUCUCCAAAGGGAAACGACAAACAGCGAACAUUACAGGUGCCUGUGUCAGUGGCCAUGAUGACUCCCCAGGUGAUCACCCCUCAGCAGAUGCAGCAGAUCCUUCAACAGCAAGUGCUGUCCCCACAGCAGCUUCAGGCUCUACUUCAACAACAGCAAGCAGUCAUGUUACAGCAGCAACAGCUUCAAGAGUUCUAUAAAAAACAGCAGGAACAGUUGCAUCUUCAGCUUUUGCAGCAGCAGCAACAACAACAACAACAACAACAGCAGCAGCAGCAGCAGCAACAGCAGCAGCAGCAGCAGCAACAGCAGCAGCAUCCAGCCAAGCAAUCAAAAGAGCAGCAGUUGGCAGCCCAACAGAUUGUCUUCCAACAGCAGCUUCUCCAAAUGCAGCAAAUCCAACAACAACAGCAUUUGAUGAACUUACAACGUCAGGGACUCAUUACUAUUCAACCUGGACAGCCAUCCCUUUCAGUCCAAUCUCUGCCGCAAGGCUUAAGCCCUGCAGAGAUUCAGCAGCUCUGGAAAGAAGUGACCGGGGUGCACAAUAUGGAAGACGGUGUUUUGAAGCAUGGCGGGUUGGAUCUCUCUACCAAUAAUUCUUCCUCUACUACCUCCACUACCAUUUCCAAAGCAUCACCGCCAAUAACUCAUCAUUCCUUAAUGAACGGACAGGCUUCAGUUGUCACAACAAGAAGAGAUAGCUCAUCACAUGAGGAAACUGGGGCCAGUCAUCCUCUCUAUGGUCAUGGUGUGUGUAAAUGGCCUGGAUGUGAAAAUAUUUGUGAAGAUUUUGGACAGUUUUUGAAGCACCUUAAUAAUGAACAUGCAUUAGAUGACAGGAGUACUGCACAGUGUCGGGUCCAGAUGCAAGUUGUGCAGCAAUUGGAGAUACAGCUUUCUAAAGAACGUGAACGCCUUCAGGCAAUGAUGACACACCUUCAUAUGAGACCAUCCGAUCCUAAGCCAUGUCCGAAACCUCUGAAUCUGGUGUCGAGUGUCACAAUGUCUAAGAACAUUUCAGAGACUUCCCCACAGAGCUUACCUCAGACUCCCACCACACCAACAGCCCCAGUCACCCCUGUCACGCAAGGACCCUCCGUAAUCACUCCAGCCAACGUGCACAAUGUGGGACCAAUUCGAAGACGACAUGGUGAUAAGUACAACAUUCCCAUUUCAUCAGAGAUUGCCCCAAACUAUGAGUUUUAUAAGACUGCAGAUGUCAGACCUCCAUUUACUUAUGCAACACUCAUAAGGCAGGCUAUCAUUGAAUCAACUGACAGGCAGUUAACACUUAAUGAAAUCUACAACUGGUUUACACGGACAUUUGCCUAUUUCAGGCGUAAUGCUGCAACUUGGAAGAAUGCAGUACGCCACAACCUUAGUCUGCACAAGUGUUUUGUUCGAGUAGAAAAUGUCAAAGGGGCAGUGUGGACAGUGGACGAAAUAGAAUACCAAAAGCGAAGGUCACAAAAGAUAACAGGAAGUCCGACAUUAGUUAAAAAUAUACCUACUAGUUUGGGGUAUGGAGCAGCUCUCAAUGCAAGCUUGCAGGCUGCACUUGCAGAGAGUAGUUUACCUUUACUUAGUAACCCAAGCCUGAUAAACACCACCUCCAGUGGCUUACUGCAGGCAGCCCAUGAAGACCUCAAUGGUUCACUGGAUCACCUCGAAAGCAAUGGGAAUAUCAGCCCAGGAUGUUCUCCACAGCAAUAUACACAACCCAUUCAUGUCAAAGAAGAACCAAUGAAUGCAGAAGAAGAUGAGGGCCCCAUGUCCUUGGUAACGACAGCCAAUCACAGUCCAGAGAUAGAAGAGGACAGAGACAUUGAAGAGGAACCUUCAUCUGAAGACCUAGAAUAAGAUGGAAGUUCAGACAUUAUCACAACAGGGUCAUGUUACAGACCUCCGUAACCACUCCGUGUCAUUGGAUAUUUGGCAGACUUUUACUGUGACUAUUUAUUGAGCAUGAGACAAGGAAACAGCCUAAUGGAACUAUCUGUGAUUUCUACUGAGUACCAAGGGAUGACAAGCAUUGGAAAUUGCUUGCUUUUUUUUCCAACUUAUAGAAAAUUGGAUUGCAAAAAAUACGUUUUCUGAUAAACUUUCCUCUUUCUCUGAUGGCUUGACCAUAUCAAAUUGUUACCUAACUCUUACUGGUUGAUGGAUUGACCGAAUAUCGGAAUGUCAGCUAUAUAGAAAGUCAAUGGCCUCUUAUACUGCCAAAAAUAGUGUUAGCUUCAUUAAAUGUGAAUUUUUAGUAUACAGUAGCUAAAAUAGAUAAUUUGCUGAUCCAGUUCAAGUUGUUGUUGAUUUUUAAUUUGCACAGUAGUGUCAGAAAGUAGAAUCACUGCCUGUAACUAGUUAAAUUUUGGGGACAGAUCAGAUUUUGUGUUGGUGCCACCAACUAUUAUGUUUGUAGUUAGAUAUUACAAAACCACAGUAAUUAGACUGUUGUGGAUUUCUAAGGCAAAUAAACACCUUAGGUUUCCAGUCUGUGCUAUUAGUGUUGAAAUG